GCCUCCCCUAGGACUUCAUGUCUGUAUAUUUCCCCAUUCACUGCCCUGACUACCUGAGAUCUGCCGAGAUGACUGAGGUGAUGAUGAACACCCCAUCCAUGGAGGAGAUUGGCCUCAACCCCCGAAAGGAUGGCCUUUCCUAUCAGAUCUUCCCCGACCCGUCGGACUUUGACCGCUCCUGCAAAGUGAAGGACCGCCUGCCCUCCAUCGUGGUAGAGCCCACGGAGGGCGAGGUGGAGAGCGGGGAGCUCCGGUGGCCCCCCGAGGAGUUCGUGGUCCAGGAGGACGAGCAGGACAACUGUGAAGACACAGAGAAAGACAACAAGGAGCAAUAGAGUCCCCGCCGCCUCCCUGGGGGCCAUACCAGACGGCAUCU